UGCUUAGCUUUAAACUCUCUUUCAGAACUUUCUAUUAUUUGGCCUUCACAUUCACCACAUUAUGGAAGAAACCAGUAGUAAUACUGCAACUCCAAGGGCAUUGCUGUCUUUUCGGGGAACCCACUUGCCGGAAAGUCCCCGAGGGCCGAUGGAGUUCUUGUCGAGGUCUUGGAGUGCGUCAGCUCUUGAAGUUUCCAAAGCUCUCGUGCCGCCUUCUUGCAACAAGUCAGCUAGCACUUCUUCUUGCACUACAAAUUCUAUUCCUGAAGAUGCUGCCGGUGAAACUGAGGAGCUCAUCAAUGCCGCUACUGGGUCUGCAAAUCAAUUCUCGUUUUCCUCUUCUGCAACUUCUCAGCUUGUUCUUGAACGUAUCCUGUCACAAUCCGAAGUUUCACCAUUGACGUCAGGGCGGCUCUCUCACAGCAGUGGACCUUUGAAUGGAGGCUCUUUGACAGAAACAGACAGCCCUCCAGUGUCUCCCUCCGAAGAGUUCGACGACGUCGUUAAGUAUUUUCGUUGCCACAACUCCAUACAACCCUUGUUCAACAACAAGCGAGCAAGUGGCAGCAACAUAGUUAGUAGCACCCCUGGUGGGGGAGCCAAGACGGUGGGGAGGUGGCUGAAGGACAGAAAAGAGAAGAAGAAAGAAGAAAGUAGAGCCCACAACGCGCAGCUCCACGCUGCUAUUUCAGUAGCUGCUGUGGCUGCUGCCAUAGCAGCCGUUACAGCGGCCACUGCAGCGUCUUCAUCCUCAAGAAAGAACGAGCAGUCUGCCAAGACGGAUACGGCCAUGGCAUCCGCAGCAACCCUGGUGGCUGCUCAGUGUGUCGAGGCUGCAGAAGCCAUGGGAGCUGAGCGCGACCAUCUUGCUUCGGUCAUUAACUCGGCCGUCAAUGUUCGUUCACACGAUGACAUUCUCACUCUAACCGCAGCAGCAGCUACAGCGCUACGGGGAGCGGCAACAUUAAAGGCAAGAGCAUUAAAAGAGGUGCUGAAUGUUGCGACGGUAUUACCAGUGGAGAGAGGAGUUGGUGGUAGAGGCAAUAACAGCCAUCUUAAUCAUAGCUUUAGUGGAGAGCUUGCCCCUGGGGAUGAUUUUCUAAGCGCCUGUAGCCAAGAGUUCUUAGCCAAGGGUUCUGAACUUCUGAAGCGAACCCGCAAAGGUGACCUUCACUGGAAAGUUGUCUCUGCUUAUAUCAACAAGACAGGGCAGGUGAUGCUGAAGAUGAAGAGCAAACAUGUUGCCAAAACCAUCACCAAAAAGAAGAAAAAUGUAGUUUUAGAGGUAUGCAAAGACAUGCCAGCUUGGGAAGGAAGACACUUAUUCGACAGUGGCGAACAGCGUCGCUACUUUGGAUUGAAGACAGAGGCACGAGGGGUGGUUGAAUUUGAGUGCAAGAAUCAGAGAGAAUAUGAUAUCUGGACUCAGGGAGUGUCAAGGCUUCUCGCCAUUGUUGACGAAAGAAAGCGAAGAAUGUAAGUUUACUGGGUGGCCAGGGUCAGGCCACCGAGGUUUCCCAAAAAACAAAAAGAACGGUAGAAUCCAUCUAGGCUAUGUGGGUCUGGCAUCCGGUCAUUACAUUGAAAGUGAAAAGAAUUUCAUCAAUGAUGCUGUGUAAAAAUCUAUAAGUAAUAUUAUUUGCCUAUUUAUUAGACCGAAA